AUGGGAGUCUUGCCAUGGAGCUGCCGCUGUGGACUCAACCCCACCCCCAGCAAGAACAGGGGUGCGCCCGCGCGUCCUCCUCCUCCUCCUCCUGCUGCCCGAGUAAGGAGGUCCAAAUACACGGGACAAUCUGUGAGAGCAAUGCCUAUGCGCGUGCUGACAGUUGGCAAGAAGAGGUCUCAGGGGACACAACUUCUUGUUGAAGAGUACAAGGAGAAACUCGGUCACUACUGCGAUGUUGAGGACACCCUCAUCAAAUCCAACCCAAAACUCACAAGCGAUGUUAAGGUGCAAAUUGAAGCAGAAGAUGCGUCUAUGAUGCAGCAGCUCAAGGCUGAAGAUUUUGUUGUUGUGUUGGAUGAAAACGGGAAGGAUGUCAUGUCUGAGCAGAUAGCUGAUCUGAUUGGGGAUGCUGGCAACACGGGAUCGUCAAGGCUCACAUUUUGUAUUGGCGGGCCAUAUGGUCUUGGAAUACAAGUACGAGAGCGGGCGGAUGCAACAAUUAGGUUAUCCUCACUGGUUUUGAACCACCAAGUCGCUUUAAUAGUUCUAAUGGAGCAGCUCUACAGGGCGUGGACAAUCAUCAAAGGACAAAAGUAUCAUCACUAG